AUGUCGGACUCCCCCCAAUCUCCUCCCAAGGAUGUCGACCAAGGUGUACAAUCACCGGAAGAGGAACAAAUGAACGAGCCUCAAGACCCACAGUCCGGCGGGCUCACCUAUGAGUUCGAAGUUAAGGAGCAGGACCGCUGGUUGCCCAUAGCCAAUGUGGCCCGCAUCAUGAAGAAUGCUCUGCCGGAGAACGCCAAGAUUGCCAAAGAAGCGAAGGAAUGCAUGCAAGAAUGCGUCAGCGAGUUUAUCUCAUUCAUCACAAGCGAAGCUUCGGAGAAGUGCCACCAGGAGAAGCGAAAGACGGUGAACGGAGAAGACAUCCUAUUUGCCAUGACUUCACUGGGAUUCGAGAACUACGCAGAAGCUCUCAAGAUCUACCUCUCCAAGUACCGAGAACAGCAAUCGCAGUCAAACAGAGGAGAGGGAGCGCACCGCCCUAGCAGUAGCGGCUACGGCGCCAACCCUCCAACCGGAGCUGGAAGCUUCCAGGCCGAGCCUCAGAACAAUGUGCUUGGAGGUCAGCAGGCAGAUGGAAGCGCCGACGCCCAGGGCUAUAUGUACGGCGCACAAACCAGUCACAAUGGCACUGGUGGCGGCGACGGCUACCAGUGA